AUUAUUUUAUAGGGCGUGGUCUCAGUUGUCAACGGGAGACGCCAUGUGUAUGUAUGUGUAUCUUCUGUACUAAAGCUAUGAUUACAUCCCCGGCCGAGUGGAGGAGACACAACUGACCUGCAAGACAUGGCUUCUAAUGAUAUGGGUGGUCAGGAGGAGAGGACGCUGGACGGGGAGGACUCUAGUGAUUCAAGCUCUCCUGAACCCAACAGUAGCAGUAGUGAGGAAGCCAUCUUCUCUCUGCUCUUCCAGCAAUGUGAGAGCGAUGCUUCUGGACUAGUACAGGUGGACCAGUUGGUAGAGUUCAUACGCUCAGUGCAGAUGGGAACAGGUCACUCAGGUGAUCAAGUGUUUGACUCUCACAGUGAUGUCUCCAAGCUUCAAUACAACCUUCACCUUCUUAAGGCAAUGCUUGAAUGCAAUGCAGUGGAUGGGCUAGUAGAUCAAAGCACUUAUUCUCACAUCAUCAAGAUGUGGGUCAAGGAUGUAAGGGUGAGGAGCCACUCCUCACCACCACCCUCUCCCCCUCUUGAGGUGUCCCAGCUCUCAGACUCUGAGGCAGCUACUGGAGAUUGGUCAUAUUCUGAGCACAGCUUGGAAGCCAGUGGUGGGCACUCCUCUCAGCACUCACUUGAUCGGCUGGAGCUCAUGAAUUCUGUGGCAGACCUUCGACUCGAGAACAAGCGUUUGUCAGAGAGGAACACAGCUCUGCAGGUCCAGAUGGAAGGCAGUGAGGAGAACCUUAAGCAACUACAAUCUCAGAAUGAGACACUAAAACAGGACAUCAAAACUGUCCAAUCAACUCUCUGCCACCUAAAUGACCUGGAGACUGACAAUGCUACUUUGUCGGGAUUGGCUGAGAACAUGCGGGCUCAGGUAGAGAUGCUUGGUUCCCGAGUGGGGGAGCUGGAGAGAGAGCUGUGUGAUGCACAAGAAGAGCUCUCAAUAAUGGCCACUCAACUCGCCAAUGGCGAUGUGGACAAAGAGGCAGUACAGGAAGACAACAGAGAACUGCAGCUACUCCUGGAGGAAAGAGAGCAGGUCUUGAGGCAGCAAGAGACUAAGCAAUCUCAACUGGAGGCUCAGCUGAAUGAGUUACAACACAAUCAUUCAGAGUUGUCUCAAACCAUUGCUGAUUUGAACGAGGCGAAUGAGAACUUACGUACUGAGAAUGCAGACUUACAAGCACAGGACCCCCCACUGAGCAAGCCUUUGUUUCCUCUCUCCAGUACCCCCCACAAAGCCCCCUCUUGGCAUGAUGAGUUAUCAGCACAUGACUCACUUAUCAAGGGAGGCUCUCCCAUCAGAGCAGACAAUGGAAGAAUGGAUUCUGAGUCCUUUAGCAAGCUCCUCCAGGAAACUAGUAUCAAGUUCAACAGCACCACCAACAAGAUGGUGAGUGAACUAAGUGACCUCAUUAAUCAGCCAAGUCCUGUAUCAAGUCGUCGUGGCAAUGGUGACACACACACACUGACAUGUGCUGAGAGGCUGAAUGAAAGGAGCUUCCAAGCAUUUGAGUCAAAGCUGUCAGAUAUCCUUCGUCAGAAGAAACAACUACAGAAUGAGAAUAUUGAAUUGUUGGCUACAGUUGAAGACCUCAAAGCCAAACUAGCAGAAUUAGACCAUGUGUCUGGUGUGGAGGUGUUGAGUCAAGAGGUGGCCACACAAGUAUCUCCUAGUCCCACUGAUGAGAGUGCUGUGCAGACAGAUCCAACCCAAGACACCAGCCUGUACCAACCAUCUAGUCCUCAGGCCCAAGACACCAGCCUGUACCAACAAGCUAGUCCUCAGGCCCAAGAGUUCUUACAUGUUCACGAGACUCUUCAGUUGGAAUUCCCCGUUCCCAAGGCAACACUCUCUCGUUCCACUCUCACACAGCACAGCAUUGAAGCAGUGGACUUUGACCCCAGACAAACUCUGGUAGAAGAACAGGAUACUAGUCACAUGACUUUGGUACGUACAAGGAUGGAGGAGCUGGCCGGUCACUGUGGUCAGUUGGAGAUGAGAGCUGCCCAUUUGGAAAGAACCAAGCAAUCCUCUUGUAGUUGGAUUGGUAGUGCUGUGGUGCAGAUACUGAAGGCAGUCACAUUUACCCUCUGUCUGAGUCUACUGGUGAUGCUAUUGCUACUGGCAAUUGUCAUGUGCUAUGACCAACUGAGUGUGUGUGGGCCCUACUGCAGACACUCCCCCCUGGGUGUCUUGUAUUCAACCCUCAACCCACACUUUCACUACAGGAGUUUGAACAAACCUAUUUGACUGUAUCAUACAUAAUUAGUAGCUCUUUAUAAUCACUGACACUCAUCACAUGUAUUUCAUUGUAAAAAUUUGGUUCUUUAAAAAUCA